GAUAUUCGUCUCUGAAUAUGUUGUUACAUUUUUUGGCGCUUUUAUGCACGGUCCGCGCUGGUUUAUACCGGUUCAGUACAGCGACCACACCCUGGGAGUUUAGGCUUGAGACCGCACAGCCCGAUACAACGUGGUUUCCUGUUGAGUUUUUUCAGGAGUAUGAGCUUGGAGCUCCCGAUGAAACUGGUGCCAUGCCCAUACUAAUUGAUAAUUCUAACGUUGUGCAGAAGCAGUUAGGUAUUAAAAAAAUGAGUCCUAUUUGCGACGACUACUGGUACGACCUGGAAGCUUCAGAAUUCUGCAAAAUGAACGGAUAUCGUCGGGGGCGUCGCGCGAGUUUUACGACUAAAGACGAAUUCGCAAGAACAAUGUUGAACUGUUUUGACUUUGUUGCACUCACUAACGACGAGCUUGGAGCUACGUCGACGUGUACGGUAACGGACUACAAGGACGCCACGAUGCCAUGUAAUAUGGACCAGGCUGCGGCUGUGUACUGUUGGGAACACAACUAUAUCCCUAUUAAAGUCGUCUUCUUGUCAGUCACAAACACCGUGAAGAAAUUCAAGAUAAAGGUCAUGGUAGGAUCAGAGAAAUACGGUCGGUUCUACAACUCACUCCUCAAAGACGAAGCCUUAGGCACGGAACCAACGAACGCAGACUUCAAGUUCCUCACUAGUGGAGCUCAGAAAGAACUGAAACUGAAGGUUAAGAUCCAGAAGAAGGCGGGAGCGGUGACCUUGUCUGGCAAGUUCCCGGACAGUAAGAAGUGUUAUGAGCUGUAUUUCAAGGGGAAGAGAUUCGUGCAGUGCAUGCAGAGUGGGAAACUGAAGAUCAAAGAUUUCAACGUUAUCAGCGAGGAGAAUGUGGAUGUGGUGAAGGAGAAGUUUGUGGUGGAUAAGGAAUCACCAAAAAGGAGUCGUUAAGUUUCCGACUGUUUCUCACAACUGACCCGUAACAGUAACUUACCAAUCAGUUCCCCACAUGUAUCCAGAUCUAUUACUUAUUAAUAUAGCACGGUGUUAUGGACUUUAGCCUUAGUGUGACAAUAUAAUACAGACUCGUACAUCUUUAAUCAAUUCGAAUGUGCUGCAUGUUCAUAGAUACGAAAACAAAUAGAUGCAAAAGAUUAUAAAU